AUGGCUUCAAAGACACAAAGCAAUGAACCAGAAACACAACUGGUAGAGGACGAAGCUCCAUUGGAAUUAAAAGACGGGUUAGGAACAAGUCUGAUACCCGAACAAGAUGUCUGUGUCGCAGACAAACAAGAGGACCAAUGGAGUGUAGGUAGUUUGGAGUCACAAGGACAACAAGCUCGACCUCGAACAAGAAAGGCUGUCUCGGCGAGCCUGGAGAACCUCAGAAAGAAACGAAAUCGUGCAGGUGAGGCUGUGAAAGCCAGAAUUAGUCGUAUAGACCAAUUAUUGCUAGAACAAUGUACUGACAUAGUGAAAUUAACAGCCAGCAAGGAUGGCUUGAACAUGGAUAUGGAUAAUCUAAAACGCUUUCAUAACGAAAUAUCUGAUUUAUUAAUGCUUAAUUCGGAUAAUGAAUUUCCUAACGAAGACCAUGAAUAUUUUGAUCGUAUUUGUGAUAAUUACCUGGACUGUUGUGCAGAUGUUAAGACAAAAAUUAAUGAUUUAACACAAGAAAGAUUUGAAAUGCUGACACAGAGAUCUCACAAAUCUAGUACAAAGAGCUCUAUCUCUAAAUUAUCCAAAGUCUCUUCAAUAUCAUCGAGACAAGCUGCAGCAAAUGCCGCAGGACUUAAGCAAAGGAUGACUAGCCUGAUAAGGCAGCAAGAAUUGAAGAGAAAGAAAGAAGAAUUACAACUUCUUCAAAGAGAGUUGGAACGACAAGGAGAGCAAGAAAGGCUACAAGGUGAGAUUAAUGCUGUUGUAGCAAUACAUGAUACACUUGUAGAAGACACAAAGUUAUCUAGCAACAAUUAUCCUAGUAUACCCCCACCUAUCCACAAUCACCCAAGUAUAUCCCCACCUAUCCACGAUCACCCAAGUAUACCCCCACCUAUCCACGAUCACCCAAGUAUACCCCCACCUAUCCACGAUCACCCAAGUAUACCCCCAUCUAACCAUGAUCACCCGAGUACACCCACACAUACCCAUAAUUAUCAAGGUAUAUCCCCACCUAUCCAUGAUCACCCAAGUAUACCCCCACCUAUCCACGAUUACCCAAGUAUAUCCCCACCUAACCACGAUUGCCCAAGUAUAUCCCCACCUAUCCACGAUUACCCAAGUAUACCCCCACCUAUCCACAAUCACCCAAGUAUAUCCCCACAUAUCCACAAUCAUCCCAAGUAUAUCCCCACCUAUCCACGAUCACCCAAGUAUACCCCCACCCAACCACGAUCACCCAAGCAUAUCCCCACCUAUCCAUGAUCACCCAAGUAUAUCCACACAUAUCCACAAUCACCCAAGUACACCUCCACUUGGCAAAAAUUACUCAAGUACACUCCUACCCUACACACCCUCAACCAAUCUCAAACAACCAACCAAUCAAGAAUUGUUACCAGUCAAUCCAAAUACUAUACAGCCGAGUACUAGUUAUCAAGAUCCAAGGAUUGGUCAAACAAGUCAAGUUAAUACUAAUGAAAAUACAAACGUUGGUAGUGUUGCCACACAGUUAGACCCAAAAAUCCCUGCAUUUCAACCCACAUCUAUGUCCGCAUCUCAGCUAACCCAACCUGCCCCUCAUUCCACUAAUAUUAUGGAACAGAUUCAAAGAGACGGUGUAGAGAUUCAAAGACAGCAAAUAGAACUGAUGAAGAGAAUGUCACUUCCUGCCCCUAAACCACCAGUAUUUAGUGGGAACAUCAUUGAGUUCCCUAAAUGGGUCUCUGCAUUUGAUGCCUUAAUUGAAGAAGAAGCUGUGAAGCCAGGCCACAAACUGUAUUACCUCGGAGAAUACACUUCAGGAUCCGCGCAGAAGAUGAUAAACGGGUUGUUGGGUCUUCAAACCGAAGAUGCCUACAAGCGAGCUAGAAAGAUACUUCAAGAUCGUUUUGGUGACCCAUAUAAGAUCUACGAGGCAUAUCAUGAACGUCUAAAAUCCUGGCCAAUCUGCAGUAAAGGUGCCGAGCUCCAAGAGUUAAGUGAUUUUUUGGUUUCAACUCAAGAAACAAUGAAAACAGUUAAAUAUCUCAGAGAAUUCGAUACUUUCUCAGCAAUACAAGAGUUGGUGGCAAGACUGCCAUCCCAUUACAGUAACAAAUGGUCACAAAGUGCAAAGAAAGUCGAAGCCAAAAAUGGAGAAUACACUUUCAAUGAUCUGGUAGAGUUCGUGCAAGAAGCCGCGGCCGACGCAACUCAUCCCGUCUUCUCCCAUGAAGCCCUGAUAUCCAAGAGGAGAGAAAUCCAGAAAGAUGCGAAGCAAGACGAUAAGAAAUUCGAUAAGAAAAGGAAGUACGGUUCCUUCUCUACAUACAAACACUCAGAGCAAAGUCACGGUUACGGUACUGUUAAGAAAGGACAGGAUGUUUGUCCCCUGUGCGACAAACAGCACAAGCUUGAAGUCUGUGAUGAAUUCCUAAAGAAGAAGGUCAAAGAAAGAACCGAGUUUGCCAAAUCAAAGGGACUUUGCUUCUCAUGCCUACAACAAGGUCACAUGGCAAGACAGUGCAAAGGAGAUAUCAAGUGUCGUACUUGCAAGAAACCUCACGCGACCGUUCUUCAUUUCGAAUCUAAGCCCAACCCUAACGCAGAAAAGGUGAAAGAAGCAGACCACGUAACACAUAAUUGCGCUAAAGUCAGCCACGUAAGCGAGAAUUGUCAAGAUAUUCCAACGAGUUCAUUGAUCAUACCCGUGUGGAUAUGUCAUAAAGACAUCCCGAGUAAGAAAGUGAUGAAGUACGCAGUAUUGGAUGAUCAAAGCGAUUCUUGCUUUAUCACAGACGGUGUUUGCAAGGAACUGGGAGUUAAUGGUCCUGAAACAGUUAUAGAACUAGGAACAAUGCACACUGUUCAAGACAUCAAGACCCAGAAAAUCAGUGGAUUGAUUAUUUCACCAGAAGACGAAUCGGUUGAUAUUCCUCUUCCAAAGUCGUUUUCAAGAGAGCAGAUCCCAGCACGACGAGAUCAAAUUCCUACCGCCGACAUGGCAAGAAAUUGGAGCCACCUAAGACCAAUUGCGAAAGAGAUUCCUGCAUAUCGUGAGGACCUUGACAUCGGGCUGCUGAUUGGAAACAACUGUGUGCAAGCCAUUAAACCACGCGAUGUUAUCCCUGGAAACCCACGAGACCCGUAUGCUGUCCGAACAGUACUUGGAUGGGGUAUGAUUGGCGCAACGAAUCAGAGUCAGAAGCAUCACAACACUGACAUCUCCAACUGUCAUCGAAUACAAACUCGAGAUAUUGCAUCUCAAGAUUCUCCAGAGUUAAAUUUCAUUUCACGUAAGCCGACCAAGGAAGUGUUAAACCCCAAUGCAGUACGAAGAAUGUUCGAACAGGACUUUUCCGAAAGGAACGGAGAAGGGAAAUCCUUAUCACAAGAAGAUAGAAGAUUCUUAGAAAAAACAAAGGGAGCGAUUCACAUCACAGACGACGGCCACUACGAAAUGCCACUUCCCUUUCGAGAAAAAAACAUUGGGUUACCAUUCAACCGAAGCCUUGCGGAAUCACGUCUGGGUCGACUGAAAACACGAUUCACCAAGGAUGCUAAAUACAAGAAAGAUUACGCUGACUUUAUUGACGAUAUGAUAAAGAAAGGUUACGCGUGGUAUAUACCUCAUCACGGCGUUUAUCACCCAAGGAAACCUAAUAAGAUCAGGGUGGUUUUCGAUUGCUCUGCAGAAUAUCAAGGUGAAUCGUUAAACCGACAUCUCUUGCAGGGUCCCGACCUCACGAACACGCUUACUGGAGUACUCUGUCGCUUCCGUCAAGAGAAAGUAGCCUUCACUUGUGACAUUGAGUCUAUGUUUCAUCAGGUUAGAGUUAAUGAAGAACACCGUGAUUACCUACGAUUCUUGUGGUGGACGGACGGUGAUAUCUCUAAGGAUCCAGAGGAAUACAGGAUGAAGGUCCACCUGUUCGGAGCGACGUCGUCUCCUGGAUGCUGUAACUUAGCACUGAAAGCUACUGCAGAAGAUAACGAAGAAGAGUUUGGUUCAGAUGCAGCAACCUUUCUCAGAAACGAAUUUUACGUAGACGACGGUUUAAAGUCUACUCCGUCAGUCCAAGAAGCCACCACACUUGUUAAGAACAGUGUCGAGAUGUGCCGAAAGGGAGGUUUCCGCCUGCAUAAAUUCCUGUCGAACGAAAGAAAGGUUAUCGAAUCCAUUGACAUCGAGAAUCGCGCUACUGAGGUGAAGAAGUUGGAUUUAGAUCACGACGUCCUCCCGAUAGAGCGAGUACUAGGCGUGGAAUGGUGUGUUGAAAACGAUGCCUUCCAAUUCCGUAUUACGUUGAAAGAUCGGCCAUUUACUCGCCGUGGUGUGCUAGCAACUGUGAGCUCAAUCUACGACCCCCUUGGGUUCGUUGCCCCUGUGUUGUUGAUUGGAAAGAGAAUACUACAGCAGCUAUGUAAAGAUAACGCUGAUUGGGACGACCCAAUUCCUGAGAAGUUAAAGGCCCAAUGGGAAAGAUGGAGAGCCGAUAUUCAUCUCCUUGAGCAAAUGAAAGUGCCACGUUGCUUCAAGCCCGACGAGUUUGGAAAUUUAAAACGAGUGGAACUUCAUCAUUUCUCAGAUGCCAGCACCGACGGUUACGGCCAAUGUUCUUAUCUGCGGUUGACAAACGAAAUGGGCAAAAUCCACUGUUCACUAGUUAUGGCCAAGUCUCGCGUGACACCAUUAAAGCAAGUCUCAAUACCAAGAUUAGAAUUAAACGCCGCCGUCGUUUCUGUCAAGAUCAGCGCCACUCUGCUGAACGAACUGAACUACGACAAAGUCGAAGAGAUUUAUUGGACCGAUAGCCAGGUGGUAUUGGGGUAUAUCAAUAAUGAAGCGCGACGCUUCCACGUUUUCGUCGCCAACCGUGUACAGCAAAUAAGAGACCAUACUGCUCCAAACCAAUGGAAAUAUGUCGAGUCUAAGCUAAACCCCGCAGAUGGUGCUUCUCGUGGUCUAAAGGCAAGUGAGCUCAUCAAUAAUGCCACAUGGAUCAACGGUCCAGAGUUUCUGUACGAGCAACACGAAGACUGGAGUGAAUAUCAUCAGCCAAGCGACUUAACAAAACUUCUACCCGAUGAUGUGGAAGUAAAGAAGGCAUCCGUGCUAACGACGUCUGCAAAGGAGAUGCCGAGCAUGGUCGAAAGAUUAGAAUACUUCUCCAUCUUGCAUCGUGCAAAGAGAGCCUAUGCUGUUUGCCUGCGUUACUGUCGACUACUUCUCGCGAGAGUUCGAAAGAAAGAAAAGCCGAACAACGCAGAACCAGAAGUCCAGUCCAACCGGAAGUACAUACCCGUUUCGGUGGAAGAAAUGGAGUUAGCGGAGCAAUAUAUCGUGAAAUUAGUUCAGAAACAAGCCUUUAGCAAGGAACUGAGCUCGCUGAAACAAGAAAAGGAAGAUCAAAAUCACUCAAGAUCCGAGAGAAAGAAACGGGUGGUGUCCAAAUCAAGUACCUUAUUGCGACUAGAUCCCUUCAUCGACGAGAAUGGAUUAAUAAGGGUGGGAGGAAGAAUAAGAAGUGCGAGCAUCGAUGACAAAGCGAAACAUCCGAUCGUGCUACCGAAGAAGGAGUACUUAUCAGAGCUCGUCGUGCGACAACUUCACGAAGGAGUUGAACACCAAGGACGGGGGAUUACAAUGAACGAAGUCCGAUCAUCUGGAUAUUGGAUAUUGGUGGAAAGUCAGUCGUCGCGAAGCUCAUCAAGAAAUGUGCAACAUGCCAGAGAUUACGUGCUACCGUAAAGGAUCAGAAAAUGGCGGACCUUCCAAAGGAAAGAUUAGAAGCUUCUCCUCCUUUCACAUAUAGUGCCGUGGACUACUUCGGACCGUGGUAUAUAAAGCAAGGAAGGAAGGAAAUGAAGAGAUACGGCGUACUUUUCACGUGCAUGUCUUCUCGAGCCAUUCAUCUGGAAGUUUCAGAGACCCUUGAAACUGACUCGUUCUUAAACGCCUAUCGACGUUUUGUCUGCAGAAGAGGUCCCAUUCGCCAACUCAGAUGCGAUUGUGGAACUAAUUUCGUCGGUGCAAGCGCGGAGUUACGAAAGUGUCUCGAAGAAAUGAGCCAAGAAAGAAUUAAAGCCGAGCUGCUGAAGGAGAACUGUGACUGGUUCGACUUUAAAUUCAAUACUCCCAAAGCCAGUCACAUGGGUGGAGUUUGGGAGAGGCAGAUUAGAACUGUCCGUAACGUUUUAAAUGCAAUCCUUCACAAGAAUGGAUAUCAACUAAAUGAGGAAUCUCUUCGUACGUUUAUGUGCGAAGCCGAAUCAAUCGUUAACAGCCACCCGCUCACGGUCGACAACUUAAGUUCUCCUGACUGUCCAGAGCCCUUGACGCCUAAUAAUCUCCUCACGAUGAAAAGUAAGAUAGUUCUUCCACCUCCUGGAGUGUUUCAAACGGCGGAUAUGUACUUGCGUAAGCACUGGAAACGAGUGCAACACCUUAGCAAUGAAUUCUGGACGCGGUGGAGGAAAGAGUUUUUGCAUGCUUUACAAGAACGACAAAAAUGGUUCCGUCCAAGAAGAAAUUUCAAGGUUGAUGACGUUGUCGUGAUUAAAGAUAAUGAUACACCUCGGAAUCGUUGGUCGUUAGCUCGUGUGGUAAAGGCCGACGAAGAAGAAGACGGUUUAGUCCGUAAAGUGAAGCUUGCUGUCGGAGAUUGGAAGAUCACGAACCAAGGAAAGAGGACAAACUCAUUGAGAACACUAGAACGUCCAAUCCACAAACUGGUGUUGUUAGUACCAUGUGAACAAUGACCGGGAAUCCCCGACGAGGAGCCUUUCAAGUAUCGAAAUUUUUACUUUAAAUUCUGUUGUGUUAUGUUAUGUUUAUGAUUGCGUAAAUUUUAGCAAAUUUAGGGGAGCCAUGUAACUGCUAUCGCGUGGCGUGCGCGCGUGUGCGUCGCGAACUUUAGAUCACGUGACUGUCCUCGAGGUCUAGAAAUAUUUACUCAGAACAAGAAGACAUUUUAUAUUUACGAAGACUUUAAGAUGUGAUUUAUAGCAUGAUAUAAAGGAUGUAAGAAAUCUACGGUUUGCCCGGAACCGUUGUUUACCUUUUCUUUUACUUUCUAUUAAAGUUACGAGUUAAAACAACGUUUUUGUGGGCAUGUUAUUUGCUUGAAACGACAAGAACAUUAUAAGCAUCCAUGCAGGAACCUUAUCAAUGCCAGUUGCUUUUCUUGGAUUAAGAUGUUUUAAGACUGCUUUAACUUGGCCAAUAGAAGGAAGAGGUGGUUUGUUAUUCUUAUGUGGGUGGUUCACUUCAGGUAUUUCAAAGGCGACAUUCGU